UCCGGAGAGGAAAGGGAGAAAGUGCAGCAGUGCAGGGAACAAUGAAGGGGGGAAAAAUGAAUAAAGAGAAGGAAUAAAGGAGAGAAAGAGGGAGAAAUAACAGUGAGUGAUAGUGGAGAAUAAGAAGAAUAAGAGAAAAGAAAGAAUUAGGAAGGAGUAAAAUACUAAAGAGCAAGUUGGAAAGAGGGAGGGGCAGAGAGCUGGAGGGGAGGAGCCUGUGACUCAUUCAUUCCUUCAGACAAGGAGAGACAGACACACACAGAGACUGUCAGUGCCAGGAUUAGGGAGAGAGUGACUCAUUCAUUCCUUGGGAGCAAGAGAGGGAAUGAGACAGAGAGAGAGACAGAGCCGGGGACAGGCUGGCAAUAAGCUCUCACCAUCAGCCCCUACACGUGGCAACUAAGAAGCUCAUCUGAUUUGCCCCAGUACAAGUGCAGCUGAUCUGAAUUUGCCCCAGGCAGGAUAGUGUCCGGGCUCAUUGGUGCAGAGAGGCCAGUGCCUGGGAUCAGAGGUUCCCCCAGCGGCACCACCAGGACAACAAUUUCUAUUAUUUCAUCUGAGGGUCGGACAGAAUGACACCAAGGAACCUGCCACUGACACUUGCCCCCCUGCUCCUGCUUGUCCUCAGCUCUGCUGCCUCUCAGCGAGAAUGCCCAGAGGGACGCGCUUACAGCCAAGAUCUGGGGAAGUGCAUGGAAUGCAGCGUGUGCAAGAACUCCGAAAAGAGCGACUUCUGCCAGAAUUGUCCAUUUACAACUGAACAGCCGGAUUUCCCUUGGAUUUGGGUCAUUGGAUUUUCAGCCGGAGGGGUGUUUCUUAUCACCAUAAUCCUGAGCCUCACUGUGUAUCUGACUCACUGCCGCAGGAAAAGCAAGUUCACCACUCCCAUAGAGGAGACCGGAAGCCAUUCUGCUGAAGCUCUGCUCGUACACUGAACACUUAGGUGACCGUUACAGGAUCCCCCUGUCUCACUUGGAUCCAGAGGAAGCUGCUAUCCGGCCAUGAUGUAUAUAAUAUGUGUAUAGAAGACAAAUGUACAAAUUCCAUAUACAUAUAUAUAUAUAUUUAUAUCUGUGCUGGGCACAGGGACCACUGUCAGUAUUUGUGCCAGAGAGAUGGAAGACGUUCUGCUGAGCCGUAUGUCUCAUCCCCCUGAGCAGUUAAAUCUCCCAACAUUCCCCGUACUCCAAUCCUAAUCCGACUGCAGAUCUGCCCCUCACCUCCCCAUGGAUACAGCCCUCUGAUUGGCUGCAUUUGCCCCCAUGUAGUCUCGCUAUGUGACAGUUUCACUUGCACUCUGAAACAGAACAACAGUCAAAGUGGUUGGAACAUUUCAGCAAGUGCCUUAACCCUGCCCACGGGGAAUAAACACAGGAGGUUUUUUAGCAAA